UUGAUGAUCAGUAAGGUUAGAAAUAAAUUGAACGCGUGUUAGUACGCUUAGUCUAUUUUUGAACGCGCACCCUAGAACAAAAUCAUGACUACACAUACUGAACGUGGCUAAGGCAGACCUGACGCUUUUUUUCUUCGUCUCUUUUCACGACGAGACGACCAAGCACUGAUAUUCCAACACACGCAUAUAAUACUGACGUUCGGAACGAAAGGGAAGUUUCAUACUAUUAAAAACGUGUAUAUUAAGAAUCUUACAAUGAUUAGCCGCUUUUAAAAGAUUUCUAAAUAGAAUUUGUCUGAAACUUACAAUGGGUACACGCCAAAUGCGUGUAGAAAUUCUUCUUUUUAUCGUCACAAUUUUCGGAUUAUUUUCACACGGAAAUGCAGCAUCCGCACAUAUACACUCUCAUCAGCAUAAUAAACCCAGUAGUAAUGAAAGAACAGAGGAUGGGGCAUUUAGCCCACGAGGCAUGGACCACUAUGCAGGAGGAGAACAUCAUGAAGAAUUUGAUCAUGAAGCUAUUCUGGGAAGCGUAAAGGAAGCAGAAGAAUUUGAUAAACUUCCAAUAAAAGAAUCAAAACGUCGUUUAGAAAUUUUAUUGAGAAAAAUGGAUUUGAACAAUGAUAGAUUCAUUGAAAAAAAUGAGCUCAAGGCUUGGAUUUUGCGUUCCUUUAGCAUGCUUUCUACUGAGGAAUCUCAAGAUCGGUUAGAGGAUGCUGAUGCAGAUGAAGAUGGUAAAGUCAGUUGGAAUGAAAUUAUUCAAGAUACUUAUGGCACAGAUCCAGAAAAUUUAGCAGUGAAUGAGAAGCUUAUCACUGAUGACAAGGAGACAUUUGAGGCUGCUGAUAUAAACAACGAUGGUUAUCUAGAGCCAGAAGAAUUUAAAGCUUAUACACAUCCAGAGGAAACACCAAGAAUGUUUCCACUUCUAUUGAAGCAAGCUCUAGAUGAUAAAGAUACAGACAAAGAUGGAUAUAUUAGCUUUCAAGAAUUUAUUGGAAAUAGAGCUAAAGCAGAAGAUAAAAGCUGGUUACUAAUAGAAAAAGAUAAAUUUGAUUUUGAACAUGAUAAAAAUAAAGAUGGAAGACUAGACUCGAAUGAAAUACUUUCUUGGCUAGUACCAAGUAAUGAAGAAAUUGCAAGUGACGAAGUUACUCAUUUGUUCGCCGCAUCUGACGACGAUCACGAUAAUAGAUUAUCAUUUGACGAAAUUUUAGAUCAUUUUGAUGCCUUUGUAGGUAGUGAAGCUACAGAUUAUGGAGAUCAUUUACAAGAUAUCGAACGUUUUAUAGACGAACUUUGAAAAUUGAUUGCUAAAUUCAUUAGCAAAAUUUUUACAUCUUUUCAUAAUAGCAACAGAAAAACUUACAUGGCUAAAGAUAUUUUUAAUACUUCUUAAUGUCAUGCUUUCAGCCCUUAUGUUUUGGUAUUCCUAUU